UCCAUAGUUUAUGAGAAUAUCGUACCGCGUACCACGUUCCCGUACCACGUACCCUAUGUUCCGGGAACUUGGCUGCUAAAGGCACGCCGGCAGCUGCAAGGCUCGCCUCUCCUGCUCGAUCUACUCGUCCUCCCACCGCGGCGAUUUCCGGUUUGCCUCGGCGGGCGCAAGAUGGCAGAGGCAAGGCCUUGCGCCAGGCAGCCGCCGUCGUGGGCCGACCUCCCGGCGGACCUUGCCGGCAGGGUGCUCCGUUUCCUCCCGGCCUGCGUGGACCGGGCCUGCUUCGCCGCCGUGUGCCCGCAGUGGCGCGCCGCCGCGCGGCAGCUCCCCCUGCCCCCACCGCUCCCGCUGCUGGCGCUCCCGGACGGCACCUUCUACAGCCUCCCCUACGGCAAGUCCUUCCGAUUCCCUGGCUUCGGCUGCGCUGGCUACAAGACCGCCGCCUGUGGCAGCUGGCUCGUCUUCUCGCGCGAUGACGGCUGCUUCUUGGUGGACCCCUUCGUUGGAGCCACAGUGACGCUCCCUCCUCUGUCUCAAGUCAAACUUCGCCCCCCAAAUGCCGUUGCUAAAUAUGUCAAUGUUCCGGUUCCGGGACAAGAUGCACAUGUAAGCGUGUUCUACCCUUACGCAACCUGGAUGCAUAUCAAGGAGUCGAAGAAGAUGCCCACACUAAAUAAGCUAAUCUUGUGCUCGCCAAACCUCGUCGCCGCAUUCGCCGGCAGUACACUCAAUGGCUGUGGAUGCACCAGUCAGAUUCUAGUGUGCCAGCCGGAGUCUUCAUCAUGGUCAGUACGUGCAAAUGACAAGUGCAAAUUGUUUCAAGAUAUGGCAUUCUAUCAGGGAAAGCUCUAUGCCCUUGCUGAUGAUGAGAACCUCCUUAUCAUCAAUAUCAGCCAAGACCCAAGCACUGGCAAUCCACAGAUCUCCCGGAUUGGACAGGUGAUCAAGGGUGAUCCCUGGGAAUCAGCUUCUAUGCCAGACAACUGGUACUCAGCUGAUAUGCUACAAGACACUAUGGGCAAAAAGAAGCUCUACCUUGUCGAAUCUUGUGGUGCAUUGCUGAUGGUACGCAGGAAGGUUUGCUGUAGCGUGGCAGGUGAGGCAGCUGUGUCUGGACAGUGUGAGUUUGAGGUUUUCAAGGCUGACUUAGAGCGCUCACGGUGGGUGAAUGUGACAUCGCUGGGGGAUGACCAGAUGAUUUUCCUUGGACGUUCAUGCUCUAGGGCCGUGACUGCAUCUCAGUAUGGUAUGCCAGGUGACCAAAUCUUCUUCUUGGAUGAUGUUAUGGAGAACUGCAAGUACUCCUUUCAUGAGGAGACCACUUCUGUCAGUGUCUAUGACAUGAGAACCGGCGAGGUCUCCUCCCCUCUGCCGAUGAUCUGGAAGCAUGAGAUGAUUCUUGCCACAUGGCUGUUCCCUUAAGACUGAAGUGAAGAGGUUUUCUUUGACCAUUGUAUGGCGAUUAAGUACUCCUAAGCUAUGUUAACUUCACCAGUAUUUGUCUGGCCUUGAUGUGCUGCCUACUUCUUUUUGGGGGAAAUAUGUUGGUUACUAGUCCUGUGCUGAUGCAUCCUGUGAAAUACAUUUGACACUUAAUUAUCUGGCCAUGGUUUGAUCCAUGAGUGGUACCUGUAAGAACAUCGGAGUUGCCUAUGGAAGUGCAAUGCUCAUGUAGUGAACUUAUCGUGAUGAAUUUGUGCUAAUCGUUGGACAUGUCUAUCUUGUGAUGUAUAUAUGCAUCUGUUCUUCA